AUGGUGGUUUAUCGUAAUAUCCAAAAUACUCGUCGCCCAACGAAUACCUCUUUGACGUUGGUUAUUAAAGUCGGUACGUCGUCAAUCUGUGACGAGGUCACACAUUAUCCUUUGCUUGGAAAUUUAUCUCGUAUCGUGGAAACCAUUAUUCAACUCAAAAACUUGGGGCAUCGCGUCGUUCUCGUCACAAGUGCUGCUGUAGGUACUGGUUUAAGAAGAUUGAAUAUUACCGAAAAACCAAAGAAGCUUGCGUCCAUCCAGGCUAUCGCUGCUGUUGGCCAAGGCCGUUUAAUGAGCAUGUAUGAUGAUCUCUUUGCUCAAUUUGAUCAACCUGUCGCUCAAAUGCUACUUACACGAAAUGAUUUAGCUGAGCGUUCACAAUACCUCAAUGCUGUUAAUUGUUUGGAAGAGCUGCUUGAUAUGGGUGUUGUUCCUAUCGUGAACGAAAACGACUCCAUUUCUGUGAAAGAAAUCAAGUUUGGCGAUAAUGAUACCCUUUCUGCUAUUACUGCUGGCAUGGUAAAAGCCGAUUAUCUCUUCUUGAUGACGGAUGUCGAUUGUCUUUACACUGAUAACCCUAGAAGCAACCCAGAUGCCCGUCCUGUUCUCGUCUGCGAAGACAUUGACCGUUUAAAGGAAACUGUAAAAGUCAGUGCGCCCGGUUCCGCCCUUGGUACUGGAGGUAUGAUUACAAAAUUAGUAGCGGCUGAUCUCGCCACAGCAGCUGGUGUUACAACUAUCAUUGCACGUGGCUCUACGCCUGAAAAUAUCAUGCCUAUCAUCGAUCCCGAAAAAUACGCUGAUAAGAUGCCUCUUCAUACUCGUUUUGUCGCGAAACCUCAGCCUUUGAUGGAUCGUAAGUGGUGGAUUCUUCACGGUCUACAUACUGCCGGAACUGUCUAUGUCGAGAGUGAAAUGACAGAAGCUAUCCAUGACGGCCAGAUCGAUCAUGAUCUUUUUGCUCAGAAUAUCUCCAAGGUGGAAGGCAACUUUGUCGAACAUCAAGCGGUGCGUCUUGUCGUGCAACAUAAGAAUGCCAAGGGCUUGGUCGAUAAUGUUACUAUUGCUAAAGGCAUUGUCAACUACUCUUCAGCGGAAAUCAUGCGUAUCAUGUUGGCGCAAGAACAAGAUAUCGUAGACAAACUUGGUUAUAAAGAUGCCAAUUGUAUCAUUCACCGUGAUAAUAUGGCUAUUUCUAUAUAA